CGUAUAACGAUCACAGCUAUUCUCAAGGAGAGAAAAAAGGGCAAAACGAGGGAGAUCAUAACUAAUAUUCAAUGUAGUGCAUCGGGAUAGAGAGACGAUGCAACAGCUCUCAAGCUGUGGAAAGUUGCUAAAUUCUAUUGUUUGGAGUACUUUUCAGGUGGGUAGUUGGAUAAAUAAACUCUGAUAAUUAUUACAUUACUUUACUACUCCAUCGAGAAGAAAAUCUAAUUCGGAUAUUGGGAAAAGCCAUUCUCCAUGCUACAAGUCAACAAUGGCUAUUACCUAACAAUAUUUUAAACUUUAUUUCUCUCUCUCUCUAUCUUUUCUGAAUUCCAUAAAUAAAGCAAUGGCUUCGUGCUUCUCCUCUUUUUCUUUUCCGUUUUUCCUAAUCGUGUAAUCUUUAUGGGAUUCUUAAUUAAGCGCGUUAAGUCACUGCGCCUGGAAUCGAAUCACACCUUUUAUUCAUAAUAACUUUUUAUUUUAAUCUUUGAUCUCCGAGCCUUGUUGUUUUUUUUUUGGGGUUUAGCUUUCACGAAAAUCCAGAGCUCAGAUCGAGAGAGAAAUGUGGUCGUCAAUGGGUUUGAUAAGGCGUACGGCAAUGUCCGACGCGAUUAGAGCUUCUUCGCAGAGGCUCUGGCUUGGUGGUGGGUUAAGGAGUCUCGCCGUCGGAACACCACCGGAGGAGGAGGAGAAGAAGAAGAAGGAGAUCACUGUGGCGGAGGCGAAGAAGCUGAUGAGACUGGUGAAUGUUGAAGACAUGAAGAAGAAGCUCGUUGGUAUGGCGGAGAGAGACGUGGUCCCUUACAGUGCACUUUUAGAAGCUUCUCAGGGUAUGGGUAUCGUUAGAUCCCCCGAUGAAGCUCACGUCUUCGCUCGCGUCCUCGACGACGCCGGCGUCAUCUUGAUCUUCCGGGAUAAAGUCUAUCUUCACCCAGACAAGGUGGUGGAUCUGAUCAGACGGGCGAUGCCUCUGGAUCAAAAUCCCGAGGAAGAUCAGAUCAAGGACGAAUUCAACAAGAUGAGGAUCAUGAAGGAAGAGAUCGAUGUUCUAGCUCACAGACAAGUGAGGAAGAUUCUGUGGUGCGGUCUGGCUACUUCGAUUGUUCAGAUUGGUCUCUUCGUGAGGCUAACUUUCUGGGAGUUCUCGUGGGAUGUGAUGGAACCAAUCACGUUCUUCGCUACAGCGACUAGUAUCAUCGUGGGCUAUGCCUAUUUCUUGAUAACCUCGAGGGAUCCGACUUAUCAGGAUUUCAUGAAGAGGCUCUUCCUCUCGAGGCAGAGGAAGCUGUUGAAGAGCCACAAUUUUGAUGUGGAGAGGUUUAAGGAACUGGGGAUUAUGUGCAAAACGACGUCGUCGUCUUGCCACGCUGCUGCGUCCAUAAAGAAUCGUGUUGGCUUAGAACUCGAUCUCGAUGAUGCGUUGCAGAGUCGCAGAGAUUGAUUUAAAAUUUGAAGAAAACCAAACCCAAUUAUCUUUGGCUUUGGGUGCAGAAGAUCAUCAGUCUGUCUCUGCAAGAGUCGCAUAGAUUGUUUACGAUCAGCUUUCUGCUUCUUAUACAUAAAAGUACCAUUGACAUUUCUAUUUACUGUGAAGAUGGGUUAACUCAACAAAUACUGACUGUUGUCUUUACGAUUAUAUCUUUUUCAGUUCUUCUUAAAGGAUUUUAGUGUCAGCAACUAUUUGACUGUGGGUCCAAAAUAUAUUUAGAUAUUCGCAUGUCAUGUUUGCGAGAACAGCAACA